UUUAUUUUCCUUCUCUAUUUUCUCUCGUUCUCUCUCCUUAACAAUCCCUUCAUCAGGAACCAUAAAGCUGGUAACAAAACCCAGAAAGAGGUAGAGAAGAAGAGAAAUUUCUUCCAAUAAAUCGGAAAAGGAAGAGAGAAAAUAGAGGAGAAAUCCAGGCAUAUGCAUCUCCUUGAGGCUCCUUUGUUCAAUUAGAGAAUACUUGCAAUUUGUAUUUGAAGAAACGACCAAGGAUGCGUCGUUGGCUUUGCUGUUCGUGUCAGGCAGACGAGAGUUACCAACAACACGAAAACGAGCACUUGAAAGCACCCAAGGAUCAUACUGAUGGGCAUAAUAGAAACUCAAAGGUGCCGGCUCCUAUCAAACCGGAAGUGCAAAAAUCACCACCACCUAUCGAAGUUCCUGCAUUACCAUUGGAAGAAUUGAAAGAAAAAACCGACAGUUUCGGAUCAAAGGCUUUGAUUGGUGAGGGUUCUUAUGGAAGAGUUUAUUAUGCCGACUUGAACAAUGGAAAAGCUGUGGCUGUUAAAAAGCUCGAUGUUUCCGCCGAGUCCGAGUCAAAUGUAGAGUUUCUGACCCAGGUUUCCAUGGUUUCAAGACUGAAGCAUGACAAUUUUGUCGAGUUGCAAGGUUACUGUAUUGAAGGAAAUCACCGUGUGCUUGCCUACGAGUUUGCAACGAUGGGUUCGCUUCAUGACAUAUUGCAUGGAAGGAAGGGAGUUCAAGGGGCACAACCAGGGCCAGUUCUUGACUGGAUUCAGAGGGUAAGAAUUGCAGUUGAUGCAGCAAGGGGCUUGGAGUACUUGCACGAGAAGGUUCAACCCUCGAUUAUCCACAGAGAUAUCAGAUCUAGCAAUGUGCUUCUUUUUGAAGACUUCAAAGCCAAGAUUGCAGAUUUUAACCUCUCAAACCAGGCUCCUGACAUGGCUGCUCGUCUUCAUUCUACUCGAGUUUUGGGAACCUUCGGCUAUCAUGCCCCAGAGUAUGCUAUGACCGGUCAGUUGACGCAAAAGAGCGAUGUCUACAGCUUUGGGGUUGUCCUUUUAGAGCUUCUUACGGGUAGGAAGCCUGUUGACCACACAAUGCCUCGUGGACAGCAGAGUCUCGUUACCUGGGCUACCCCACGACUGAGCGAAGACAAAGUAAAACAAUGCGUAGAUCCAAAACUGAAGGGAGAGUAUCCUCCUAAAGCCGUUGCUAAGUUGGCAGCUGUGGCAGCGUUAUGCGUGCAGUAUGAAGCCGAGUUCCGUCCUAACAUGAGCAUCAUUGUCAAGGCUCUCCAACCAUUGUUGAAGCCUCCAGCAGCAGCAGCGGUGGCGGCACCCGAGACUUGAAAAGCAAAUGAACCCAAGUUUCUCCUCCAGUAAUCGGAACUUCCACGACCUAUGAAUAGGUUGGUUUCAUAACGAAAUACACUUUUUAAUCUGAUCACUAAAUAUUAAUUAUAUACACAUUCUCAUAUUUUUUCAUAUAUGACGAUGGUAAGCUUAGGAUUGGGUUGAUCCGUUUAAUUUCUGUCGGUUUCCGGUUUUGGAUGUAGUCGUAAAUUGACCAGCGGUUUGGGUUGUGUUGACGAGUAUGGUUUGGUUUGUACUUUGGUCAUUGUUAUGCUUCAUAAAUUUGUAUGAAUGUUUUCGUUGAGAGAGAUUGGAACUAAUCGAAGAGUGAUGGGCAGUCUUUGAUUUGUUGAUGUUUAUAUCUAUUUCCAUGAA